AUGAAGCCCUGCCUGCGCCCCGGCAUGGGUGCAGGUCCGCUCUCCGUUUGCCCUAAGAAAGCUAAAGAACUUGCCAAACGCCAUCCGAUACGACCCGUGACAUCACAGCUUGGCAUAAAUAAGAAGGGCGUUGACCAGGCUGAUGCCCCAGCGGAAGCCCCCGCAGCGCCCGCAGAGGCUGCGCCUGCGCCUGCGCCUGCACCCGCCCCCGCUGCAGAUGUCUCUAGUGAUCAGUUGGAGGACUUCAAAGAGGCCUUCGGACUGUUCGACAGAGUUGGUGACAGCAAAGUGGCAUUCAACCAGGUGGCUGACCUCAUGAGGGCCCUGGGACAGAACCCCACCAACAAGGACGUGGUGGCUAUCCUUGGCAACCCCUCUGCCGAAGACAUGGCCAACCAGAGGAUUGACUUCGACACCUUCCUGCCCAUGCUUCAGACAGUGAUCGGCAGCCCCCAGAAGGGCACCUAUGAUGACUACGUAGAGGGUCUGCGUGUCUUCGACAAGGAGGGCAAUGGCACAGUGAUGGGCGCUGAGCUGCGCAUCGUCCUGUCCACACUGGGUGAGAAGAUGACAGAGGCUGAGAUUGACGCCCUUAUGGCAGGCCAGGAAGACGAGAACGGCAGCGUCAACUACGAGGCUUUCGUCAAGCACAUCCUGUCUGUGUAA